UGUCCUUUCUUUCUUUCUUUUUUUUUUUUUGCAAUAGAUAUUAUCUGCGAUUAAACAAAACAGGGAAAUCUGUAAAAUAGCAGUGAAUUGUUCAGUGAAUCAGAGCUUUAUUUGUGGCGGUGCAGAGCUGCAUUUUAGGCUUUGUUUUGUUGGUCAGUCUGUCAGAGUCCAGCUGGUUCUUGGCUCCACGUUGAUCCUUUUAUCUCCUCAGUCUGAGUUCAGCCGCUUACAGAUCCUCAGGAUUACUAAGUUUCUCUGCAGGAUCGGGAGCAGAGAAACCGGGAUGGCUCUCUGUGGACGACUGCUGCUGCUACUGGGGUUCUGCUGGCUGACCCAGGACCCGGUUUUGGCACAGGUUCGACACCCUCUGCCAGUGCUCUGGAUGAUGCCGCUGAGCUCCGGGUCGGGCAAGCAGAACCUGACGGCCGACGUGCUACCUGCUGUCCGACUGGCUCUGCAGGAUCUGGAGGACCAACCACCACCGCUAGGAAACUACGAGGUCCAGCUGCAGCUGCUGGACUCUCAGUGUGAUCCUGCCAAAGCGCUCAAAGCUCUGUUUGACGCCAUGUGGGCAGGGCCAAAGCACCUGCUGCUGAUUGGAGGGGUGUGUCCACCUGUGACAGCGCUCAUCGCUCGCUCUCUGCCGGCUCUUCACCUGGUGCAGGUGUCCUUUGCUGCCUCGUCCCCCAGUCUGUCCAACAGGAAGUGGUUCGGGAACCUGUUCAGCACCAUGCCGUCGGACCGAGUCCUGAAUCAGGCUGCAGUGAAGCUGCUGCAGCGCUUCAGGUGGACCAGAGUUGGAGUCAUCACACAAGAAGGAGCCCGACUCUCUGAGAUGAAGAAGGAUCUGCUCCGACAGCUGCUGAAGGCCGACGUGCAGCUUGUGGCCUCAGAAAGUUUCUCUGCAGACGCCUGCAGCAGCCUGAAGAAGCUGAAGGAUCGAGACGUUCGCAUCAUCAUCGCACACUUUGAAGAUGAUUCAGCGUCGGAGGUUUUCUGCUGCGCAUACAGACUGAACCUGUUCGGACCUCGGUACCAGUGGAUCGUGUCCGGAACAGGACCGGGCUGGAGGCUCGGCUGGAAGGCUUCCGGCUGCUCAGCCAACAGUCUACUGACGGCUGCAGACGGAUCCAUCAGGCUGCAGAUCAGACUGCUGAGCAGAACCAACACAGUCGGAGUCUCUGGACGGACUCCUCAGGACUACCAGGACUCAUAUCUGCGACAUCUGGACCAGAACUCUGAGCUCGGCCCGCUGCACUCCUUCGUCUACGAUGCUGUUUGGGUCGCAGCCCGAGCUCUGGUUCAGGUCAUGGAAGCGCAAAAACACCAACAAAAGUACAACCGGAACGUGACGGUCGGCGAGGAGGCGACGGAGAGGAUGCUGCUGGAGGUCCUGAAGGGCUCCCAGUUCCAAGGAGUCACGGGUCCAGUUUCUUUCAGAAAUGGGGAGAGAAUGACAUCAGUUGAGCUGAUCCAGUUCCAAGGCAGCAGUAGUGUGUUGGUUGGAGAGUUUAACACCAGCAGCCAGCAGCUCCGACUGAUCAACCACCUGGUCAGGUUUAAAGGUGGAGCAGCAGCCAGAGACCAGACGGAGGUUCAUCUGCAGCAGCGUCACGCUCACUUCCUGUUCUACAGCUUCCUGUUCUCUGCUGCUGCUGGCACCAUCAUCAUCACCACCUGCAUCCUCAUCUUCAUCACUUGCAACCACAGACACUGGCUGCUGAGCUCCAGAGGUGGAUCCCAGGAUCAGCUGCUGCUGCUGGGCGUCCUGCUGUCGUCCUCCUCGGUUCUGGUCUCUGCACUGGAAGGAUUGUCACUGUCGGACCAAACAUCUGAGAUCCUCUGCUCCGUCCGUCUGUGGACUCUGUCUCUGGGACACACUGUGGGCCUCACUGUGCUCUUCAACAAGGCCUGGAGUCUCUACUCACUGCCCAGCUUCGACCAGAAGCGGCGGCGGCCUGCAGGUGGCAUCCUGCUCUGGUUCUUCCUGCUGGAUGUGCUUGUUUUGAUCUCCUGGCAGAUCCUGGACCCCCUCAGAUGGGUGGUCCUUCAGCUCAGCACGGAGGUGGACCCUGCAGAUCCAGACAUUCUGAUCCAUCCAUUCUCUGAGCACUGCAGCAGCACCAACAUGGAGAUGUGGAUCAGCACCAUCUGCUCAUAUAAAGCUCCUCUACUGGUCAGAACCAAACUGGCUAUAGGGUUGAUGUCCUGUAAUCAGAGAUCUUAUAUCCAGAUUGUUUUUUCUCGUCUUCAGGGUCUCUGCUGUUUUGUUUCGUGGAGCAUCAGAACUGCAGACGUCUCUUCAGUCCGACUCCUGGUUUUGACUGUGUUCGCUGUGACGGUGUUCAGCGUGUCAGGACUGUUGGGGUCGCUGCUGACUUCCCAUGAUCCUCCUGUGCAGCUCUGUGUGAGCGGUGUCCUCGUCCUCUGCUGCAAUGCUUUCAUCCUGGUCGGACUGUUCGGACCAAAGAUUGUGUUGGUUUGUUGGAGCAGCAGCAACUUGCAGCCACCGACGGAGCUGCAGAGUGACGCUGCCGAGGAUGAAGAUCUGCUGAGCAGGAUGAAGCUGCAACUGGAGAGUCAGAGCGCUCAGCUUGAUGUCCAGAUAGAAACCAUCAUCAUGCAGCUCUGUGAGGAGUCGGAGUCAGAGACGCUGCAUUGUCUGAACAGAGAAAAACCAGGUAAACACAGGUGUGCGAGGUGGACUCAUGAGGCUCAGAUCUGUGCUGACAUCAGAAGCUCCAAGGCAGAAGCUUCAAGUCCAGAUGACAUCAACUCACCUGAACAGGUUGGCCGCCGUCUGUCCGUCCAGCUGCCCAUCCUUCAUCACUCCUACCUGCCCGUCAUCGGCGGCGUCAGCAGUUCCAGCAGCUCCAGUCUGUUUGGAAGCCGUGACGCUUUCCUGUACCACCACGACAACUUCCUGUACACCUGACAGCUCCCUGUACCAUCAUGACAGCUACCUGUUUGCCUGACAGCUUCCUGUACACUGCAGCCAAUCACAGGACAGCUUAGACUGCAUCAUUAGGACCAGAACUGUGGUUCUGCAUCAGUUUUUAUACGUGUGGAGACAAAUGUGUGGUUUUGGUCCAACACUGUUCCACUGACUGAUAACCUGAUUUGUAAGAAAAAUAAAUA